UAUACCUGCUGAUCCACUCGACACUACACAUAUCCUCGGGCGUCUCUGCAACAAUCCACAGCUAGGAGUUGAUAACAUCGACCGAGAUUGAUAUUGAUAUACUUGCUGGUAUUUGCACAGCACCGAUGGCUUCGUCGGCGGUGAGCCAGAGCCACAGCGGGCAGCUGCAUCCUCCGGCGGGGAGCAUGAUGGCGCGGGUGGACCGGCUGGACCUGGUGGUGGGGUACCUCGAGGAGAUGCGCCACCACGGCAGCAGCGCCAGGUCCUCCACCUCGCCGUCGACGCCCACCACGUUCUCUUCCUCGUCCCCGACCACGCCCCGGUCGACCGGCCGGUGCCGGCCGGCGGAGGAGCUGCUCCGGGAGACGAAGGCCAAGGGAAGCCUCGUGGAGCGCAUCGCGUUCCUGGAGAACCGGGUGCUCAGGAUGGAGGAGGAGCGACUGUUGGCGUCGAGCAUGAGCAUGGAGAUGUCGCCGGAGAGGACGAGCAGGUUGAGCAGUAGCAUGAACAACGGCGGGAAUGGGACUGGGAGCGGGAGCGGGAGGAAGAAGAAGGGGCUGAAGAGCCUGGUCAAGUCGUGCGUCAGGGGAGGCGCCAAGCUCAAGACCAAGGACUAGUCCUGUACGUAUGUACGUGUAGUAUACAACAGCUGAAGUAUACACGUGUCUUCGUAGCUAGGGAGCGUAGUACGGCACAGAAACACGCGUGUAUGUUCUCGCUUAUGCGUGUAUGUACAUGUAGCCAGCGAAUCGUGAAUUUUACACGUACGUAUGUAUAUGUUUUCCCUCCGUCUAGAAAAAAUGUUGUCUAGAUAUACACGUAUCUAUACGUGUUAGUGUAGAUAGGUGCAUUUUUUUUGACAAAUCUAAAAGGAGGAGGCUGGAAUAUAUAUUCCAUA